AUGGGUUGCGCUACUUCUUAUCUUGCUGCUUCCUCUGAACAUUCUUCGCAUGAACUUUCUUCAUUUUCGAAAACCUCCUCUCAAACUCGAGCCAGAAAUUUACCUUCUCCUCCUACAUGGUGUCGAAUAGGAAAUACUAGAGUUGCCCUUAAAUUAUUACACGAUUCUCAGGAAAUCACCAAAGAUUUCUUAAAUGAUAUGAAAAAAUAUUAUCAAUACUUACGCACAUUUAUUCUUACAAAAUAUUAUAAUAAUAAUAAUGAUUUAUUAACAUGGAAUGAAAAAAUAAAUAUACUUAAAUCUAUAGCAGAAGUGAUUAAAUCUUUACAUAAUGAAAAAUCCUUGCAAGGUGAAAAUUUAUUUCAUGGUAAUUUGCAUCCGGGUAAUUUAUUAAAGAACUCAAGUUCUGAAUUGAAAAAUCAAACCGAAGAAUCCAUUUUAAUAGGGGAUUUAGGAUGUUGGAUACCUUCUAAUGUUUUAAAAAAUUCUCAAAAGUAUUUACAACCUUCUUCGUCAUCUUACAAUUAUAACAAUAAUUAUUUAAUACAUGGUGUUUUACCUUAUAUUGCUCCAGAAAUUUUAAGAGGCGAGAAAAAAUCACAAGCGAGUGAUAUUUAUAAUUUCGGUAUGAUCAUGUGGGAAUUAUCAACAUUUUCUUUACCAUAUUUUGAUAGAGCUCAUAAUUUGGAAUUAGCUUUAGAUAUAUGUGAAGGAGCACGUCCUGAUCCUUUACCCACAACUCCAGAAUUUUAUUUUGAUUUAAUGGAAAGAUGUUGGGAUGAUGAUCCGUCAUUAAGACCGAAUGCGAUUGAAAUCAUUCGUAUUUUGGAUAUGAAUCAAUUAUAUUUAAAAUAUAGUGAGCAAACCAUGAAAGUUGUCCAACAUCAAGAAUGUUCCAAUACUAAAAAUAAAUUAUCGAUGAUUUCCCAAAAAAUUACGAAAAAAGUUGUUAAAACGAAUAAGAACGUUAUUAGAGUUGGUAGUCUGAGAGGUGUCAUGAAAAAGAAAUUUCAAUCAAAAAAGGAAGAGUUAUUAACGACAAAUAUCCAUCCUGAAGCUUAUUAUACUAGCAGGGUAUUGGAUUUUUCCUUUAAUAGAUUAUCCAUUUCUUCUAAUUCUAAUAAUUCCUUUACAGCCGGUAAUACUUCCACAUCUGACGAUUUUGGUGAAGAAACAGGACAAUCAAGUUUUGCCAUCUCUGAUAUAGGCUUGGAAGAUGUAAUUGAAGAUUUCAUUAUUCUAGCUAAAGAUUCUAAGGGAAAGGAAAGGGCUUGGGCAUAG